CACUGAGUGAACGUUUUGAGUUCAUUAACUGUUUGCUAACCAACUAGUUCAGACGUCUUCGAUAGACUAAAGUAAAGUCACUUUGCUUAUUGGUUUCUUAAUUUUGAAGAGACAAGUAUGUGGCGCUUUAGCUUGUGUUUAAUAUGUAUCACGAUCGGCGUAUCUGCAAACAAAUUCAAAGUCGACCAAGCUAUGGAGAACCAAAAAGUGGUACCUGAUGUAAUUCCAGUUGCUCCAAAAGAAAUUUUACAAGUAAAUUAUCCAAAUGGCGCGAAAGCGUUACUUGGCAAUGAACUUACACCUACUAAGGUGAAAGACCAGCCAUCAGUUAGUUGGAAUGCUGAUCCUAAUUCAUUUUAUACGCUAUGUUUGAUUGAUCCUGAUGCACCGAGCCGGGCUGAACCUACUAAAAGGGAAUGGCAUCAUUGGUUGGUCGGAAAUAUACCCGGUGAAAAUGUGAGCCUGGGAGAAACGCUUUCUGGAUACGUAGGUUCAGGACCUCCACCAAAAACUGGACUACAUCGAUAUGUGUUUUUAGUAUACAAACAACCGUCAAAACUUACAUUCGAUGAGCCACGUAUAAGUAAUAGAUCUGCUGAACAUCGGGAUCAAUUUUCGAUCAAAAAAUUUGCAUUGAAGUACAAUUUAGGAACACCUGUUGCAGGUAAUUUUUAUCAGGCCGAGUACGAUGAUUAUGUUCCAAUUCUAUACAAACAAUUCGGAAUCAAUUAAUUUUAUCUCCAAAUAUAAUAAAAAUUAGUAAGCCUAUAUUUAAAAAAAAAAAAAAAUAUUGUUUAUGUAGAAAAUUGACUAAUUAACUUUUUAAUCUUGCAGUA